CUGCUCGACUCCCUGAACGCUCCGGACGCAAUGAACCACAUGAUUUCCUGGAAAGUCCCUCUCUGAGAAAUGAAACUGGUCGAUUUCGGGGCAAACAUUAAACUUCCUGCCAGCACCGUGUGUUUUUGCCCGGGCAGGGCAUCACAGGCAGGAUGGUGGGCUGCAGUCCGUGCCGGCUGCUCCCAGAAAAGAUGUCUUGGAAGAGGUGUAGCGCCCUGGCCUUUGGGGUAGCUGUCUUGGUGCUGUCGGCGGUCCUCACCUUCUUGUUCUGCCAGCAAGUCGUGGGUUCCGUGGUGGCAAUGAACUGCUCGGUGGGGCUGGCACAGCUGGAGGAGGCACUGGCCAACACCAACCAGUCCCUCACCGAAGCCCGCGGGCAGAGGGAUGACUGCAGGAAGAGGCUGGGUAUGCUGGAGGGGAAAUCCUUGGAGCUGGAGCAGGCACUCGCCAAUAUAACCCAGCUGCAAGAGGAGAACAAGGCGCUCAAGACAGAGGUGGCCCAGCAGCAGAGGCAGCUGCAGGACCUGCAGAGCAGCAGGGACAAGCUCCAGCUGCAGAACCAGCUCCUGCAGAACCACCUGCAGGACAUGAAGAGACAGCACUCAGGUGGGAACAGGCUCUCGGCAGUGUCCCUCAGCCUCCUGGCUCUCCUCCUCCCCGGGAUGCUCCUCCUGUGAGCCCACAGCAGCAGGAACAUGGGCCCCAAUGAUUCCCCAUCCCCUGAUGUGGGAUGAGGAGGGACCGUCCUCAUCCAGCCCAGUUGUCUGGGGGUGGCAGCGGGCACAGUGCCCACUGCAGGAGCCCACUGCCCACUCAGCCCUGCCUCCUGCUCACCCCUGCCCUAGGACUGCCUCUGGCCACUGGCCAUACCUCCCUGCACUCUCUGGUAGCCAAAUCCACCCAGUUCACCAUGGGGCAUUCCAGGGAGGUGAUUUCCGUCCAGGCACCAGGGGCUGUGCCCAGGACGAGGGAGAGGACAGGCCGGGGCUGCAGGGGACAGAGACAUGGCAGGGCUGCCCUGAGGCCUCUCCAUAGUUAAGUGAUUUUUAACCGAUUUGUAAUAAAACCUUAUUGAAAAACCAGCAUUUUGUUGCUCCAGCACUUCUUGGGGACCUGGAACCCUGACCCUGUUGCACAGCAGGGGCAAGGGGGUGAUGCAGAAACCCCCCAGGCAGACAGCAGCCUCAGCAUCCCUGACACCCACUGGACCCCAACUGCAUCCCCGCUUCUCCCUGCAGCUGUCACCCAUGGUCAGGCACAGGGACAGAGCACCCUCCCACCUCCAGCACAAACAAAUCUAUUCUGGGCUGUGACCUGUGAGAAACCGCAGCCCAAAGCGGUGUUUGGUGAGAAAAAACCCACAGGCGGCAAUUACAGCAACCCAGGGAGUGACCUGACCCAGGGACACUGGCACAUCCCGGGCAGGCACCGCUGGAGCGGGCGAGCAGCCCCAUGUCCCCCUCCGGUAUGGACCCCGCCGUGCCCAAAGCCACCCUGAAGGUGCUGGGGCUGUGUGCGAUGCUGCUGGUGCUGGUGGCGGCGGUGACGGUGGCGGUGGCAGUGAUGGUGUGGCGUUCAGAGGCAGUGGGGAAGCUGCAGGGCUGCCGGGAACAGGCGGCCAACGAGAGCCGGGAGCUGGGGAACCGCGUGGCCGAGCUGGAGCAGGAGCAAGCCCGGCUGCAGCGGGCAGCGGUGGCGGGCGCACAGGCAGAGGAUGCUCUGCGGCAGGAGCUCACCCAGGCCCGCGGUGAUGGCAAGAAGCUCAAUGCCAGCCUGGCAUCCUGCUGGGAGCGGGCGGCCAGGCUGGAGGCCAAUGUGACAGUGCUGGGGGACAAGGUGCUGGCCCUGCGGCGCGAGCGGGCUGAGCUGGCCCGUGACAAGGCAGCUCUGCAAGGUGAGCUCCAUGCCCCCACAGCAGCAGCGUGGGGCGCAGGUCUCCGUCCCCAUUCCCCCCCAUGCAAGGAGCCCCAUGCCAUUCCCCCAGCCACGUGCCCUUUGGGGACAAUGCCCAGCAGGGCAGGCUCUGGUUUGGGGUGUGGGGGUUUGGGGUGUCAGGGGUUGGGGUGUACGUGUGACCCCGCUGUCCCCUUCAUCCUGCAGAGGAGCUGGCGCAGGGCGAGGCGCAGGUGCGGGGGCUGCGGCAGCAGCUGGAGGAGGCAGCAGAGCAGCAGCGAGCGCUGCAGGCACAUGGGGAGCAGUGCGAGGCCCGGCAGAGAGAGCUUGAAGCCACCCUGUAAGGUCCUUGUCCCCUGCCACAGGCUGGGCACUCCAGAACAUCUACCCCCCCAACCCAGCCCAGCCCCUCCAUCACCCUGCCCUGGCCCCCCCUCCCCACGGAGACCCUCCAUCGUCCCCCCAGGCAGAGACACCCCCUCACACGUCUCCGCUCUACCCGCAGACGGGACUACGCGGCUGAGGUCGACGUGCUGCGGCGGCGGAUGAGGGACCGAGCAACUGGGCGCAGGUGCCCCCCGUCCCGGUACUUUCUGUGGGUGCACAGCUAGGGGAGGGGCCCGGCCUGGGGAGGGGGCUUCACCAGUGUCACCAGUUUGAGUGCUCAUGGGCACGCUUGCCGGCAUGUGCCAUUGUCACCGGUGUCCCCAGGGGAGCAGGACCCGGGGGCUGUGGAGGGAUUCACUCCCUGCAUUCCCCUCUUUUGCAGGAAAGGCUGAAGCCCCGCAGCCCCCCGUCCCCGGAGGCUGGGGCCGGGCCCCCCCGCCCCGCUGAGCCCAUCAUUCCCAGUCCCACAGCGCCCCUUAGCACUGGGACCCAGCAGCGGCUCAGCCCGGCCGCGUCCGACCGGAGCCAGCGCGUCCAGGCGAAGGAUGCUGGUGGGCACCGCCUGUCCCGAUCCCACCGCGUGUCCCGACCCUGCCGUCUUGCCAUGAUGCUGCCCUGUGUCCCAGCCCUGUCGUGCUUCCCGAUCCGGCUGUGUGUCCCGAUCCUGUUGUCGUGAUGCUGCCUUAUGUUCUGAUCCCGCCGUGUGUCCCGAUCCUGACAUCUUGUCAUGAUGCUGCCCUGUGUCCUGAUCCUGCCGUGUGUCCCAGUCCCACUGUGUGUCUCGAUCCCACUGUGUGUCCUGAUUCUGCCAUCUUGUCGUGAUGCUGCCAUGUCCCGAUCCUGCUGUAUAUCCUAAUCCUACCCUGUGUCCCAAUCCCACCGUGUGUCCUAAUCCUGCCUUCUUGUCGUGACACUGCCCUGUGUCCCGAUCCUGCUGUCCCGAUGCCAGUGCUGCAGCUGGGCCGGAGCAGUCAGCCAUCCAGCUUGUGGGCAGUGUUAGCUCAGCCAGGGAACGGUUUCCCCACCGGCUGCUUGGGGCUGCUGUAACCAGCUCCAGGGUUUAGUGCCAUGUUCCCGGUGCACUCCAGAAACUGGGAUGACUGGGCAGGCAUUUGGGCAAUAAAGGCUGCUCUGCUCACUGGGUCGUCCCUCUGUUCCCCCUGAGCCCAGCUGUCCCCUCGAGCCCAGCUGUGCACCCCCAAUUCCAGCUAUCCC